AACACGCAGAAAGGGGGCGGGGCGUCUCUGCCACGUAGAUGCCUAACUGUGCUUGAUUCUAUCGGUUUACUUUCGGACUUUUGGGUAUUAAGGAGCCGCGUUUUCAUACAUGUUGCUGUCCGUGUUGAGCUGGUGGUGCAGCUGGCUGUUGGUGUCCGUCAGCGGGGCGGGAGCGCCCGAAGCGGAGAUGAAAAUGGAAGUUCUGCACAAACCUUUCAUCUGUCACCGGAAGUCCAAAAACGGAGACCUUCUCCUUCUGCACCAUGAAGCAUACUUUGAGAACGGGACGUUGUUGCUCUCCAGUCGAACUAUUGGUGACAAACAGCCAGUGUGGUUCACGCUGGGCAUCAAAGAAGGAAUAAAAGGCUGGGAUCUGGGCCUGAGGGACAUGUGCGCUGGAGAGCAGAGGAAGCUGGUAAUCCCACCAUCUCUGGCCUAUGGGGAGGAAGGGAAAGGUAAAAUUCCUCCAAAGACUACGCUGACUUUCAAAAUAGAACUGGUUGAAAUCAGAAAUGGACCAAGAUCGCACGAGUCCUUCCAAGAGAUGGACCUGAACGAUGACUGGAGACUCUCCAAACAUGAGGUUAAAGAAUAUCUGAAGAAGGAGUUUGAGCGUCAUGGCCACCCUCCCAAUGAUACUCUUCAUGAAGAGAUGGCCAAUGACAUUUUCAUCAGAGAGGAUAAGAACAAGGAUGGCUUUAUAUCCUCCAGAGAAUUCACAUACAAACAUGAUGAACUGUAAAGAAUGAGUGUGUGACGCUGGCUGUACAGUUACGUUUUUCAAGAUUUGUUUUUGGUCUCUACUAAUACUCCAGAGUCACACUUAAAUGAAUGUGAUUGAAAUAUUAGUACAUCAUUUGUAUUAUCUGCGGAUGUCCAUGCAUUAUUAAUGCCAGUGCAACCUGUUAAAUCUUUUGUUAAAAAAACUUGCUACUAAAAAUGUUAAAAGCUUU